CCCGACCCGACACUAUCAGUCAUUUGAGUAGGUUCAAAAUUUAUUUCAGACUAAGGGCAACCAUGGGAUUUAUCACGCAAGUAGAAGCUGGACACCUGAAGGAGCUAAGCAAGGCUAAGGCUUGAAGCUCUACCAAGGUUAUUGGUUGUGCUGACUUGCACUGUCACAGUGGGAAACAUAGAAGAUGACAAAGAAGAAGAAUCCAUGGGUUUUUUUGGAUGUGUCCAUUGAUGGUGAUCCAUUUGAAAGGAUGGUUUUUGAGCUUUUCCCUGAUGUUGCUCCCAAGACUGCAGAAAAUUUCCGUGCCCUUUGUACAGGGGAGAAGGGAUUUGGUCCAAAAACUGGAAGGCCAUUGCACUACAAGGGAUCGUUUUUCCAUUGCAUUCUGAAGGGUUCCUUUGCUCAGGGUGGUGAUUUUGUUAAACGGGAUGGAUCUGAUGGAGAGAGCAUAUAUGGGGAUAACUUUCCAGAUGAGACUCCAAGGCUUAAGCAUGAUGGUCCUGGUCUUCUGUCAAUGUCAAUAGCUGACCGUGACACUUUAGGUUCUCAGUUUAUCAUUACCUUUAAGGCUAAUCAUUAUCUGGAUAGAAAGUAUGUAGUCUUUGGGAAGCUUGUGCAAGGAGAUGAAGUGCUGGAAAAAGUUGAAAGUGUAGGUGAUGAAGAAGGGAGACCAAUGGUAACAGUUAAAAUAAUCAAUUGUGGUGAAUUUAAGGAUGGUGUGGACAAGAAAAAAGUACACAAAGUGAAAAUGGGAAAGGAUGCUCUGUCUGAUUCUGACAGUCAUGAAGCACAUAAGAAGGGAAGGCACAAGAAAUUUUCAAGAGACAGGAAGAAGAGAAGAAAAAGAUACGAUUCAUCUGAUUCAGAGAGUUCAUCUGAUUCUGAUACAGAAUCAUCCGAGUCUGUUAGUGAUUCAGACUCAUAUGUGUCCUCGUCUGAGAUUAGUUCCUCAAGUGAAGACAGACGCAAGAAGAGAAAAAGAUCUUCUAAAAGAGACAAAUAUAGACGUGGAAAAAGAAGAGAUAAACGACGUGAAAAAAGGCGAAAGAGACGUGAUAAGAGAUCCAAACGUAGAUCAAGAAGGGUGUCAGAUAGCCUUACUGAUGAUGAGAGUGAGAGUAAAAGUGGAAGCAGCUCUGAUGGUGAUGGUCUUGAAGUCCAGGCAAAAGCUCGAAGGCAUAAAGACCCUCUGCUGAAAACUGCUGGGGAUCGGUCUCCUAUGGUUUUGGAGGACAAAGAUGCUUCCCUACCCCGUAAAAUGAGGGAAGAACGUGAUAUGCUUGAAAAGGAUGGGGGUGAAUCCCCCAAGGAAAAUGGAGGGCGACGGAGCCUUGGCGUUGAGGCAGAUGUUGCAUCUGACAGAAGUCAAGAUAGACUACCUGAUGUGGUAGAUGAUCAUCCAGGCAAAUCUAGGAGCCGAAGCAUGAGUCCCAAGAGGACCCCGAGUAAGAGUAUGAGUAUCAGUCCAAGGAGGAGUCUGAGCAAGAGCCCAAGUGUUAGUCCGAAGAGAAGCAUUAGUAGGAAUCCACAUUUACAGAGGAGUUUCAGCAGAAGUCCUGCUAGAAGUGGUAGUAGCAGGAAUCCAGCUAGAAUUGUUAGCAGAAGUCCAUUGAGGGGCAAAAGGGCUAGAAGCAUUAGCAAGAGCCCUGUGAGAUCUCGUUCUCGAAGAAGCACAAGCAGGAGCCCUAUGAGAUCCCCACCUCCAAGAAGCAAAAGCAGAAGCCCACCUAGAGCAUCAUCACGAAAAUCUAUUAGCAGAAGCCCAGUUAGAUCCUCUCAAAGAGGAGUUAGCAGAAGCCCUGUUAGGUCUUUCCGGAGAAGCACUAGCAAAGGCCCAGUUAGAUCAUCUCGUAGAAGCAUUAGUAGAAGCUCAAGUAGGGUUCCUUCAAGGAGAAGUGUUAGUAGAAGUCCAGUUAGGGCUCCAAGCAGGAACAAUCCCCGUAGCUAUUCAAGGAGCCCUAGCCCCAUAAGAAGGGCAAGAUCUCCUCCAGAUCGAAGAAGUUUAUCAAGAAGUGUUUCUCCUGAUGGGUCUCCCAAACGUAUCAGAAGAGGGCGUGGUUUUAGUCAACGGUACUCAUAUGCUCGGCGAUACAGAACCCCUUCUCCAGAUCGCUCUCCUGUGAGACCAUAUCGAUAUAGCAGAAGAAAUGACCGUGACAGAUAUUCAAAUUUCAGGAGGUAUUCACCUAGGCGGUAUAGAAGCCCACCAAGAGAAAUAUCUCCUCCCAGCAGAUAUAGGGGAAGGAGAAGCGGAUCAAGGAACCCAUCUUUAUCACGAAGCCCUCGCUACCGUAGUCGUCGCUACAAUCGUAGUCGUAGCCCAGUUCGCAGUGUUUCCCCAGUUAAUGCACCGAGAUCUCGUCCCUCUCCACGGGUUGAGAAGUCUCGAAGCAGGAGCCCAUCAGUAUCACAGUCAUCAUUGGACUCUCAGUCUCCCAAACGAGUAAGCAGGGACAAAUUAAGGUCAUCAUCAAGAAGUCCUAGUGGGAAGAGAGGCCUGGUGUCAUAUGAAGAUGGUUCUCCUGAUUCUGGCCAAAGGUGAACAAAGGGUGUGUCCAAUAUAAUGUUGUCGGUCAGAAAAAACAUGACUUUCUCAUAGAUGUUCACAAGCUCUAAGUUUUCGGAUGAACAAAAGCUCUCGAUGUAUUGUCUGCUGGACAUAAUUGAUGUUUUGAUUGUUUUUUUCUA